CUCGUGCAGUAACGUUUUCAGACACGUCAGCUAAAGUUACCCGGACACAUUUCCGUGCUGCACACAACGCUCUUCUCGGCUGUCCUGUGUUUUUGUCCACCGGUGUGUUUUUAAGUUAAACGGUAGUCUAAUUAUUUAUAUUUGUUCAUUUCAUCUGCUAGGACGUUACCGUGUUUCAGCCGAACAGUCUUAUGAAACAAGCCGCUGAUUGGCUCACUCAUUCCUCUAAUUUUGUGUGUUUAUUUCUGCUUUGGCAUGCUGUCAUAACCAGAUUUAUUGUGGGCACAGCAGGUUUGAUGCCCUUUUCUCCAUCAUGGAGCCCUCAGAUUUGACGACACGCAGGAUCGGGCGACAGAGGAGAGUACCAGGUGCCUCCAUCCUUUCUGAGCACAUCGACUCUAUGGACAGAAGCGAGACGAGUUCUCCUGAGCCGGAGAUGGAAGAGGAGGCGGAUAGUCUCAUCAGGAGCUCAGACACAGAGCACAGGAGGCGUCACCGGAUUCGGCCGGGUAUCCGUGGUGAACUGGGGAAUAUAUUACUUCUCCUGUUCCUCUACGUGCUGCAGGGGAUUCCCUUGGGACUGGCUGGCAGCAUCCCCCUAAUCUUACAGAGCAAGAGUGUCAGCUACAAAGACCAAGCCUUCUUCAGCUUCGUCUUUUGGCCGUUCAGUUUGAAGCUUUUCUGGGCACCGUUGGUGGAUGCCCUGUACUUCAGCAGCUUUGGGAGAAGAAAGUCGUGGCUGGUGCCCACUCAGUACCUGCUGGGGCUGUUCAUGCUCUAUCUUUCAGCAACAGUCACCUCACUGCUGCAGAGCGAGGAGGGACCCCAGGUGGUCACGCUCACUGCAGUCUUCUUUAUGCUUGCCUUCCUGGCAGCCACACAGGAUGUAGCUGUGGAUGGCUGGGCUCUCACCAUGUUAUCUAGAGAAAAUGUGGGCUAUGCUUCUACCUGCAACUCCGUAGGCCAGACGGCGGGGUACUUCCUGGGGAAUGUUCUCUUUCUGGCUCUGGAGUCUGCUGAAUUCUGCAACAAGUACCUCAGAAUAGUGCCCAAAGACACCGGCCUCGUCACCCUGCCAGAUUUUUUAUUUUUCUGGGGGGUGAUAUUCCUAGUUUCCACUACCCUGGUGGCCAUCUUUAAAAGGGAGAACGAUCACAGCGGAGGCAGGAGGAACGUCCCGGUCGAGACUCAGGGUGUCACGGAAACCUACAAGCUCCUGUUCUCCAUCAUCAAGAUGCCCACAGUCUUCACCUUUUGUUCCCUGCUCCUCACAGCUAAAAUCGGUUUCUCUGCAGCAGAUGCUGUUACAGGUCUGAAGCUGGUGGAGGCUGGAGUCCCCAAAGAGCAGCUGGCUCUCCUGGCGGUUCCCAUGGUGCCUCUGCAGAUCCUUCUGCCAGUGAUCAUCAGCAGAUACACGGCGGGGCCCCGACCCCUUGAUGUCUUUUACAAAGCCUUUCCGUUCCGGUUGCUUAUUGGGCUUGAGUACGCUCUGCUGGUAUGGUGGACCCCCCAUUUGAAACAAGAAGGAGGAUUCCCACUUUACUACUACGCCAUAAUCCUGCUCAGCUAUGCACUGCAUCAGGUGGCGCUGUAUAGCAUGUAUGUGGCCUGCAUGGCCUUCCAUGCCAAAGUGAGUGACCCCCUCAUAGGAGGGACCUACAUGACGCUGCUGAACACGGUCACUAACCUGGGAGGAAACUGGCCCUCCACCGUGGCUCUGUGGAUGGUCGACCCCCUGACCUCUAAGAAGUGCCACGGGGCCGAGGGACAGAGCUGCAGCUCGUCACUGGAGGCAGGGUUGUGCGUCAAGGAAGGAGGCGUUUGUGUGACGACCGUGGACGGCUACUACGUGGAGUCUGUGGUGUGUGUGGUCAUCGGUUUACUGUGGUGGGUGUGGCUGGGGAAGAGGAUGAGGCGGCUGCAGGAGCAGAGCUCCUCUGCGUGGAGAUGCAGGAUGAACCAGUGAUAUGAAUCCUACAGACAUUUUAAUAGUGGGCUGCACCUUCAUUUUCUGCUCCAAAACCAGCCGGACUCACAGUCAUUCCCACACAGACACGUUUUGCUCUGGUUUGGCUUUUUUGCUGCCAGAUUGAGGAGACACUUACCAUUAAACAUGCCACUUUCAUGUACACACAUAUGAAAUUAAGUAAGCCACCAUCGCUGUCUUCUUUUUUUUUUUUUUUUAACUAUUGCCGCCGUCUUGUAAAGUGUCCUAGUAGAUUUUUACCAUGUUGUGCUGCUUAAGCAAAACCAAACAAAGGCUGGGUCAAAGAA